GAACGCAAUGAAGCCUUACCUUCCAGUUCUUGUUGUUGUCUGUUAUCAACUAAGUGGCACAAAUGGCCGUGAAUUUCCCAGAGGCCAACUUUCCUCUGGCUCGGAAGACAGAUUUGAGUAUCUUCCUUAUAUGGAGGACGCCAUAUUGCGCAUGACAGACACUGACAAUAAUGGUGCCAUCAGUGAUAAUGAGAUUCGAAUGUUCCUGGCCACACCGGGUGUCCCCGUGUUCCUCCGAAACGCUCUGACAGAGGACAGUGUACAGGCCGCUGAUACAAACCAGGACGGACAACUGGAGAGAUACGAGCUACAGGUCAUUUUAAUGGGAGCAUUUUCUCACAUAACGUUUCCACCCAUUUAUGCCAUCGUCAAUGUUCUGACAUUUGAAACCAGACAGAUGGUCCAAAGAGGGGAAAUAACUGUGCCCCAGACUCCAACGGAAAUCGCCCAGACCGCACUUGACGUUCUGGACACCAACGACAACGGCAAGCUAAGCAGAGAUGAAGCGGCUGAGUUCUAUAGCGUAGUUGCCAGUCAGAACUUCUGGGAAGAUUUAGUUAAUACCGCUACUGCCCUUGACGCUGACAGAGAUAACGAGCUAGAUCUGCAAGAAAUUAUCGCAGUGUACGAGGCACAAGUGGAGAGGUACGGACCCUUGAAUGUGAUGCAGCUUAUCUUCUAUGGACGACUGAGAUCUAUCUUGGGGCCAGUAUCACUCGACAUCCGCCAGUGAUUGAGGUUGUAAUUGUAAGUCUUUAUUUGUUUAUUGAGGAUUUCCCACAGCUCUAUAGCCACGAGUGGAUCUCCUCAACAAUAAAAUCAACGUAUAUACAUAAAAUAACAUAGACAAC